AUGGAUUCAGGACGCCCAUCUAACAGUUUUAGCUCGAAAGUCGAGGAUAAAGUAACUCAGGAUGGCAGUUCAGAUCUGAGUUCAGCCACAUUGCCUAACUCGGAAACGACUGAGAAGCAAUCGCCCGUUCCUAUGGAGCAACAAGUGUCGGGCGAGGAUGCGAUCCGACGGGAACCUUCACUUCAGAGGCAAAUCACGGAACAUGAUAUCGCCCGCGUACUUUCUCAACGGCGGAGCGCUGGGACUGCCUCUGGGGCAGGAGGGGCGGACGAUUCGGCCCAGGUAGCAAAGCUGGUCUCUCGGAUGUUCGGCCAGGAAAGAAAAGCCAACUCGAAUGAAGAAAAGACUAGACAUCUUGGGGUGGUUUGGAAGAACCUGACAGUUAAGGGUGUUGGACUGGGGGCGGCCCUCCAGCCUACGAAUACCGACCUUCUCUUGGGCAUACCCAGGCUGGUGAAAGGCCUCCUUACUGGGGGAAGGAAAGGCGCCGGUGGACAUGCGCCACUGCGAACCAUCUUGGAUGAUUUUAAUGGCUGUGUCCGACCCGGUGAAAUGCUCCUAGUUCUUGGCCGUCCAGGAUCCGGGUGCUCGACUUUCCUGAAAGUGAUCGGAAACCAAAGAUCGGGGUACAAAAGUGUCGAGGGUGAUGUUCUUUAUGGAGGAGCAGAUUUCAAAACAAUGGCAGACAAAUACCGGUCAGAGGUGCUAUACAACCCCGAAGACGACCUUCAUUACCCGACGCUCUCCGUACGAGAUACUCUGAUGUUUGCCCUGAAAACAAGGACUCCGGAUAAAGCAUCACGGCUACCUGGCGAAAGUAGGAAGCAUUACCAGGAGACAUUCCUGUCUACCAUCGCCAAGCUGUUUUGGAUCGAACAUACUCUUGGGACCAAGGUCGGAAAUGAAUUCAUUCGAGGAGUUUCGGGGGGAGAAAAGAAGCGUGUAUCCAUUGGCGAGGCCCUGAUUACGAGAGCAAGCACCCAGUGCUGGGAUAACUCUACCAAAGGCCUCGAUGCUAGCACUGCCCUCGAAUACGUCCAAAGUUUGAGGAGCUCAACGGACAUGUCCCAUGCAUCCACGCUUGUGGCCCUUUACCAAGCAUCAGAGAACCUCUAUAAACUUUUCGAUAAGGUCAUGUUGAUUGAAGACGGCAAAUGUGCUUACUUCGGACGUACAGAGAAUGCAAAAGCUUACUUUGAGCGCUUGGGAUUCGAGUGCCCCCCUCGAUGGACAACUCCAGACUUUUUGACCUCUGUCAGUGAUCCACACGCGCGGCGAGUUCGAGAGGGGUGGGAAGACCGCAUUCCCCGUUCUGCGGAAGAUUUCCAACGAGCAUAUCAAAGGAGUGACCUAUUCAAGUCCGCCCAGGCAGAUAGUGACGACUUCCAAAAAGAGGUCGAUGCAAACAUGGAGGAACAGGAAAAUGCCAGAGAAAAGCUACCAAAGCAGAACUACACUGUUCCGUUCCAGAAACAGGUCAUCAUACUAACUCAACGGCAAUUCAAGAUUAUGUAUGGUGAUAAGCAGACGCUGAUUGGAAAAUGGGCAAUGCUCACCUUCCAAGCGCUCAUUAUCGGAAGUCUUUUCUAUAAUUUACCUCAGACUAGCGCUGGUGUGUUUACGAGGGGAGGCGUCAUGUUUUAUGUGCUUCUUUUUAACUCUCUGCUUGCCCUUGCGGAGCUAACGUCAUUUUUUGGGAGUCGACAUAUAAUGUUGAAGCAUAAGAGUUUCUCUUUCUAUCGCCCGUCAGCAUAUGCCUUAGCUCAGGUGGUCGUCGACGUGCCUCUUGUACUGGUGCAGGUCACCCUUUUCGAGCUGAUUGUGUAUUUCAUGUCUAAUCUCUCGAGGACACCAUCUCAAUUCUUUAUUAAUUAUCUCUUUAUUUUCUUGCUGACCAUGACGAUGUACUCUCUUUUCCGGACUAUCGGGUCGCUAAGCGCGUCCCUCGACGCUGCUACUCGUAUCACUGGAGUUACUGUUCAAGCACUCAUCGUAUAUACCGGCUACCUUAUUCCUCCAUGGAAAAUGCACCCAUGGCUGAAGUGGUUAAUUUGGAUAAAUCCGCUACAGUACGCCUUCGAAUCAAUUAUGGCGAACGAGUUCUACGAUCUCGAUAUCCAAUGUGUACCGCCAUCAAUUGUCCCAGCAGGCCCCAAUGCACAAACUGGCCACCAGGUCUGUUCGCUACAAGGAAGCACCCCAAAUCAGUUGGUUGUCCAAGGAUCAAACUAUAUUCGGGCUGAAUAUACAUACAGCCGCUCUCAUUUGUGGCGAAAUUUCGGUAUUAAUAUAGCCUGGUUUAUUCUCUUCGUCGCCUUGACAAUGCUGGGAAUGGAGCUUCAGAAGCCCAACAAGGGAGGCAGCACGGUCACUAUUUUCAAAAAGGGCGAAGCACCAAAGGCUGUGGAAGAAGCAGUUAAGAACAAGGAGCGUGCAGAUGAUGUAGAAGCAGGAGGAAAUGAGAAUGGGGUCACAGACGGGAUUGAAAAGAAGAAUUCCGAUAGCUCUGGGAACGAGGUAAAGGGGAUCGCACAAAGCACAUCAAUAUUCACCUGGCAGGAUGUAAACUAUACGAUUCCUUACGAGAGUGGGAAGAGGAAGCUACUACAGGAUGUUCAGGGAUAUGUCAAGCCGGGUCGCCUUACUGCACUGAUGGGUGCCUCUGGGGCAGGGAAAACUACACUUCUCAACACCCUGGCACAGCGGAUAAAUUUUGGUGUCGUCUCAGGUACCUUUCUUGUUGACGGAAAACCUCUCCCUCGAAGCUUUCAAAGGGCAACUGGGUUUGCUGAACAGAUGGAUGUACAUGAGCCCACGGCAACUGUCAGAGAAUCACUGCGGUUUUCAGCACUCCUUCGUCAGCCGAAAGAGGUUCCCACAAAGGAAAAGUAUGACUAUUGCGAAAAGAUCCUUGAUCUGCUAGAAAUGCAGCAGAUUGCGGGUGCUGUAGUCGGGGCUGGAGGCGCCGGUCUGAACGCGGAACAACGCAAAAGACUAACUAUUGCCGUUGAACUGGCGAGCAAGCCCCAGCUUCUGCUUUUUCUGGAUGAGCCAACCUCUGGACUGGAUUCCUUGGCCGCUUACAACAUCGUCCGUUUCCUUCGACGUCUUGCCGAUGCUGGACAGGCCAUUCUGUGCACGAUUCACCAGCCCUCUGCUGUCCUUUUCGAACAGUUCGACGAACUACUACUGCUACAGAGUGGAGGACGAGUUGUCUACAAUGCUGAACUGGGCUCGGAUUCCAAGACGCUCAUUGAGUACUUCCAGAAUAACGGGGCCAGAAAAUGCUCUUCCCAAGAGAAUCCCGCAGAGUACAUGCUCGAUGUUAUCGGUGCUGGCAACCCAGAGUACAAAGGCCAAGACUGGGGCGAUGUCUGGGCCAAGUCCUCUGAGCACAAACAGCUUUCGCAUGAUAUCGAAGGUAUCAUCCAAGAUCGCCGGAACAGGGAAUUUGACCAAAGAAAGGACGACAAUCGCGAGUUCUCGAUGCCUAUCUGGGUACAAAUCUGUACCGUCACGAAACGUAGUUUCAUCUCAUACUGGCGAACGCCUGAGUACGCUAUGGGGAAAUUCUUGCUUCAUAUAUUCACCGGACUGUUCAACACGUUCACCUUCUGGCAUUUGGGAAACAGUUACGUCGAUAUGCAGUCUCGGAUGUUUUCUAUCUUCAUGCUGCUCACGAUAGCACCGCCUCUCAUUCAGCAGCUGCAGCCCCGACUUCUCCAUUUCCGCAGUCUCUAUGAAUCACGAGAGGCCAGCUCAAAGAUCUACUCGUGGACAGCGUUCGUGACAAGUGCCAUCCUUCCAGAACUACCUUAUUCAAUUGUAGCCGGAACCCUCUACUUCAACUGUUGGUACUGGGGCGUCUGGUUCCCGCGCGACUCCUUCCGAUCCGGCUUUAUCUGGAUGCUCCUCAUGCUGUUCGAGAUGUUCUACGUCGGUCUCGGUCAAUUCAUCGCCGCCUUCUCACCCAGCCCUCUUUUCGCCUCCCUCCUCGUACCAACAUUCUUCACAUUCGUCGUCUCCUUCUGCGGCGUUGUCGUCCCGUACAGCAGCCUGGUCCAUUUCUGGAGAUCCUGGAUGUACUGGCUCACCCCAUUCCACUACCUCCUCGAGGCGUUCUUGGGCGUGGUCGUACACGAUGUCCCAGUCCGUUGCGCCUCCAGGGAGGAAUCGGAAUUCAGUCCUCCUCCCGGAAUGACCUGCCAGGAGUAUGCCGGCUCUUAUGCUAGCCAAGAAGGCGGAUACGUCCAGGAUGCCGCUAACGGGCUAUGCGCCUUCUGCCCGUACUCGACCGGUGAUGUUUGGGCCGCAAGCUUCAAUGUCUUCUACUCGCACAAAUGGCGCAACUAUGGAAUAUUCUGGGCCUUCGUGAUCUUCAACUUCAUGGCCGUCUUCUUCUUCUCAUGGCUAUAUCUUCACGGAGUCAGAGAUAUCAAGAAGUGGGUCAGCGCACGGAAGUCAAAGAAGGCUGCUGCUGCUGCGGGGCAGUGA